UUUGAAAUUCCAGGAUUCAAAAUUAUUAUUAUACCAAAUUCUUCACCGCAUUCUUCUCUUUAUGCGAAUUUAGAUAAUUUAAAUAUACAAAAUCAAUCUCAACAAGCUUUUACUUCUCCUAAUGUCGUUAUCGAUAAUUCGCAAAUCCAAUUUCAGCAAAAUUCAAAUGAAUCGUUUACCAAUUCCAACAAUUUUCAUUGCUAAUUCGCUAAUGUGUGCUAUAUGCGGGGUUUUAAUGACCGAUAUUUUUAUUAGACAUCUCACCAUUGAAAUCAAUGUUAGUAAGACCGAACUAUAACUCAGUUAUUG